GUCUUCCCCUUCUUGGGCCCCUGGGGGGCUCUCGUCGUCACCAGCCGAUUCGCCUCUAGAUUCUGAUCAGAACGCACCCCAGGAGAGGUCCGGGGAGUAGCGGUUUGAGUACAUUUUGGUUUCUCCACGUCCACAGCGGUAAAAUGCCAAGGUCCCUGCCGCCGUUCCUCUACCGUCGACGUCGGCGUCGCCACCGCGCCGCCGCCGCAGGUCUGGCUGUAAACCCAAACGGUUGGAGACCGAGGUGGAGCCGCGGCCCUUCCGCCGGGCCUUGGGGGGUGGGCCGUGAUGGCGGCCAGGGAGGGGAAGAUGACGAUCCAGUCUGCAGCGGUGAACCUGACGAAGAACCUCGUGGGCGCGGGCAUCUUCAGCCUGCCGAUGGCGCUGCGGCGGGGCUCGGUCCUGCCUGGGGUCGGCGUCAUGGCCCUCGUUGGGGCCCUCUGCGGCAGCAGCUUCGUGCUCAUCGCCUACAUGUGCAGGGCGCUGGGCUGCAAGACGUACCGCGAGGUCUGGUGCGCUGGCUUCGGCCGGAACUCCGGGUGGGUGCCGGACGUGAGCAUCCUGCUCAACGGCUUCUUCGCCUGCGUGGCGUACGUGAUCCUGAUCGUGGACUUCCUCCAGAAAGCGCUGGAGGGCCUGUUCGGCUGGGACGUCUCGCGCUCCACCCUGGUCUGGUCGAACACGAUUCUGUUUCUUCUGCCGCUCGCGCAUGCUCGGAACCUGUCCGCCCUAAAGUUCACGUCCAUCAUGGGCCUGGUCAUCAUAGGGUUGGUCUUCGCCUACAUAGUCAUGGACUUCCUCGGUGGGCUCGGGGCCAACAUGGAGAACCUGCGGGGAGACCUGUUCCGGGUGGACAUGGGUCUUUUCUCGACCGUGGCCAUUUGCACCGGAGCUUUCAAGGCGCACUAUAACGCUCCCAAGUUCUUCCGAGAGCUUGGCGAAGAUUUGACAGCGCACUCGCAGGUGGUGAUCAUCUCGUAUGGCGCGGCUUUCGCAAUCUACGCCAGCUUCGCGUUGGCGGGCCUGGGGCUCUUCGGCGACAAGGUGCUUGGCAACCUGCUCAAGAACUACAGCGCAGAAGGGAACGUUCCGAUCCUCCUGGCUUGGCUUGGCAUGGCAUUUGCCAUAGUUUUUACUUACCCACUGGUGUUUUCUUCCGCGCGAGACUCCAUCAUCGGCAUGUCCUCAGCGUUGCAGGCUGCCUCAAAGUCUCAGCCAGUAGCUACCCACGUUGGCAUCACCAGCAGCAUGGUGGUCCUCAUCUCGAUUUUGGCAUGUUUCCUCGAGGACGUCUCCGUGGUGACGGGCCUGCUGGGGGCCACGAUUGGAUCUUGCCUGUGCUGGAUUUUCCCAGCUCUCAUCUACUUGAAGGUGUCGGGCGGACCCAAUAAAGAGCUCAAUGCGCCGCUGCUUCCAGGCGGGACCAAGAACGGGAAGCUCAAAGGCGACGGCGCUCUCAAGUGCUAUUCCGCCAUCCUCGUGCUGGUGGGUACAGCGUCCAUGUGCAUAGGGAUCUGCAGUGUUUUCGGCUUGCUGUGAGUGAGGGUGCAGGAUGUCGUUUAAUGCAGUUUGGCAAUGUAUACUGCCACAUUUGCAACAUCACUCGCAUGUAAGAGGUGUCUUUCUUCGUAAGGCCAUCCACCAAACUAUGCGUCGUAAACUGAUGGACAUGUACAGUUUCUCCUUGGCCAGUGACACCUCUCACGAAGAACCUCAGUCUUUAUAUACAGCCCGAAGUGCACACCAGUAAAACGAACGCUACCACCACUGUCCCUAGCGCCAUCGCCACCACCAGCACAUGCCUCCUUCCGUCGUUGCUCCUGAGCGAAUGUCUAUUCGCUUAAGCGAAGUGCGGACCACUCGGAGGAAGCAGCUUCAUCAACCUUCCGACAACGACGAGUGCCCCGUAUAAAGCAUCAUACCCACCCUUCCCCCCUGAGAGUUGAUUUUCUCCGGCCAAGACAGAGUUGGUCGGUGGAGAGGGGUGGCGAGGCCGAACUUCAUUAUCGC